AAGGAAGGUGCCAGGCUGCUGCAGGGGAUUUCAUACCUACCCCAGCUGCUCUCAGACCGCGCUCAGCUGGAAGGUUUCUGCUGCUGUAAGCAAAAAUGCCAGCGAGAUCCACGGCUCAGCUGGCGUGGCUCUGCAUUGUCACCGUGUCCGUGGCAACCUCCCCGGCCCUGCUGCAGAGACCUCCCAAGAGGAGAACCCUCAGCAACAACGGCAACGCUCAGCCCAAGGUGCCGGGCUGCUGCGAGGAGGUCAGGGAGCUCAGGCUGCAGGUGGCCAACCUGAGCAGGAUGCUGCAGGAGCUGAGCAAGAAGCAGGAGGGGGACUGGGUGAACGUGGUCAUGCAGGUGAUGGAGCUGGAAGGCAGCACCAAGCAGAUGGAGUCGCGGCUCAUCGACGCCGAGAGCAAAUACUCCGAGAUGAACAACCAGAUCGACAUCAUGCAGCUCCAGGCGGCCCAGACGGUCACACAGACGUCAGCUGUAGAUGCUGUCUAUGACUGCUCGUCGCUUUACCAGAGGAACUACCGAAUUUCUGGAGUUUACAAGCUACCCCCAGAUGAAUUUUUGGGGAUUCCAGAUCUGGAGGUGUUCUGUGACAUGGAAACAGAUGGAGGUGGCUGGACUAUCAUCCAAAGACGCAAAGUUGGUUUGACAUCGUUCAACAGGGACUGGAAACAAUACAAGGAAGGAUUUGGAAAUAUUCGGGGAGAUUUUUGGCUGGGAAAUGAAAACAUCUACCGGCUCUCCAGACGCCCCACUGUCCUGAGAGUGGAGCUGGAGGACUGGGAAGGCAACACACGUUAUGCCCAGUACCAGCAGUUCACCCUGAGCAAUGAGAUCAACAGCUACCGGCUGUUUGUGGGGAACUACAGCGGGAACACCGGGAGAGACUCCCUGCGGUACCACAACAACACGGCCUUCAGCACGAAGGACAAGGACAACGACAAGUGUGUGGAUGACUGUGCCCAGUUCCGCAAAGGUGGCUAUUGGUACAAUUGCUGCACAGAUUCCAACCUGAACGGGGUUUACUACCGAAAGGGAGAGCACACCAAGAACAUGGAUGGCAUCACCUGGUACGGGUGGCACGGAUCCACCUACUCCCUGAAGAGAGUCGAGAUGAAGAUCCGGCCGGAGGAUUUCAAACCAUAGAGGGAACCAGAGCUGGAUUAUUCAGCUCCACGGUGCCACUGCACAGAAGGUGGGCAAUGGACAGCCAAGUAAUUGUUCCUUUCAUCUAAUCUGUGUGACAGCCACGCCCUGGCCACGCACAC